AUGGAUAUUAUAGGUGUGCUCAAUCGAGUUAGAUCCAUUUCGGAUCCCAACACAUCACCGGAGAACAUACUUGAGGUUCUCCGUAUUAUUAGAUUUGAUGUUAAGUAUAAUUUAGUUUCAGUAGAUGAUGUAAAUCGUGCAAAACUCUUCGCUGUUGUUACCACUGCAUUGUACGCACACUGUGAUUCAAAAUACACAGAGAUAAAAUCGGCAACUUUAAAGGCAUGCGGUGCAUUUUUAUUCAAUAUCCUUCCUGAAUACUCAGCUGGAUUUACUAAGGCAUUCGCAGAGCUUUUCUACCUUGGUAACAAGAAUCCUAACAGAUCUGCAUUCCUUGUCUCAAUGUUUAUGAUACUUUCUCAUCAUAUGAGCCCAAAGUCACUGGCCGAUUUUGUUGAAACAGUUCCUGUUCUCGACCAAUUCGCCAAUAUCGACAAUAUGCCAUCAGAAAACAUAGCGAGGAUCAUUAAAAACUUAGGUCCACUUCCUGAUAAGUUUUUCAAGCGAUUAUUGCGUACAUUCAUAUACAAAAUAGCAAAUUAUGCGAACCAGCAUAUAUCUUCGUCGAUUGUUGCUAUCAUUUCCCGUAAACCAGAAAAGUUUUUGAAAUAUACUUUCGAAAAAUUAUUCGUAGAAUCAGAGUUAUCGCAUCACUUACCAUUGAUUUCAUACAUAAUUAGCGUUAUUGGUACAGAACACUCCGUAGAUCUUUAUCCUGCCGCUUCUGCCGCGAUUGAAAUGUUGAAUUUCCAGCAGAAUACUUCUCCAUCUGCCAUUGACAGCGCAUUACAGAUUCUCGGCUUAUCUACACCUUCUUAUGAGGUAAAAGUUGAGAAAAAAGAUCAAUAUUUGGAAAUUAAGAUUUCUAACGAUAAAUCAACAGAUUCUGCCUUAAUUAAUACGGAAUUAUAUAUGGAUAGUCCUUCUUUCUACACAUUGCCGCUGCCAAUAGGGUAUCUUCUCCCUCAAGAAGGAGAUUCGAAUCAAAUUAUUGCGGCGAAGUUGAAAUCAUUGGCCAGACAAGCCUCAAUUGUUGCAGAAUGUCCAGAUGUGAUACCAAUCAUGCAGAUUUUCGAAAAAUAUAUCCAAAGCGAAAACGGAUUUAUCGCAACAGAAGCUACACAAAGCCUUGGCUACUUCAUUAACAGGAUAACCUUCAAUCUACCAUUAUUACAGAGAGCUCUAUUGGGUCCUGUCUCUUCUUGGAUGCAUGGUAUUGACAUAUUGUCCGCAAUUGAGAGACUUGACUUCACUUUGAUCCCUAAAUGUAUGAUCAGGGACAUUUGUAAACGGGUUGCCGAUUUCUGUUUUGACAAAUCAGAUAAAUUAUCAAAACAAGUGAUCAAAACCCUCACAAAGAUUGUUUCUCCACUGAAUAUGGACUAUCUGAUGGAUGCAAUACUCGAUAGGAUGGAUGUUUUCGAUAGUUUCUCAACACUUCGCGGUGCACAUGUAUUGAAGAAAUUAUUAAUCGCUGAACCUAAGUUAGGAGAGCGCAGUACCACAGCAGCAGCCAUAUUAUUAGAAGCUCUCGAGUUCUAUACCGAUUCCGCUUAUAUAAUGAGUGAAAUUUUCACUUGUCUCUCAUUAUUCAAAGUCCAACGUCGAAUGGCAUUAGUUUUAGCAUUUGGUUUAGAACUUGGAUACAUCCGAACCAUCACUGGUGCUAGAGACACUACUUUGCCCAUGAUUUCGGACGAAUUACAAGCAAAAUUACAUCAAAUCGCCGCAAAUGCUAUAGAAAACUAUGACACUGACAUAACAUUAGGCAGAAAACCCGACAAAAUAAUUCGUCCUGCAUUGAAUGCCAUGAAAUUCUUUUAUAACUCGAAUUACAAUAUUUUUGGUACUGAAAGAAUUAUCAUAGAAAUGUUUACAAGUCCACAGUAUUUCCCAUCGGAGUUUUUCUCAUUUCUUGCGAAGUAUUGGCAAGAAUUACCUCCUAAGCCGAAGAACGCGUUCUUAAACCAAUUCUAUGCUCCUAUUUCCAGAAUUUCUUCUCCUUAUGUUUAUGAAGCAAUGUGUAUUAUCUUUCUAAAAGACAGGAAACUGUCAACAGAUCCAAAAUACGCAGAACUGACAAAAAUUGUUCAUUCAAAUGUACAACACAUGAUGAGAAACAAAAUACAAAUUCCUAUUCCUGUAGCGUCAAAUUUCGCUUUGUUCCUUUUGUCACUUUUUUAUGACAGUUUUUCAGAUGUUUGUGAAUUUGUCAAAAAUUGUGAUAUAAUCAAUCAAACUAAUUUCCUUGCUCAGUUGAAUACACAGUUCGCCAAUGUGUUAGACGCAUUCGAAUCCGUUGCUCCUGAAGCAGUAAAGAACUUGAAAUCAAUUCCGCCAAUAAAAAGACAAAAUUUGGUCGAACAACCGAAAAUUCUCCAGAAAAUUGAGAUAUCUGACCAAGAAACAGCUCUCCAAGAGUUUGUCAGAGCCGCAUUCAGUGAAAGCGAAACAGACAUGAACAUGGCAAUGAGAAAAUUGGAUGGUUUCGGUUGCGAAUACGUUGAUGUCAAAAUUCCUGAUUCAAUGAAAGAAACUGUUUCUAAAUGGGUGUCUAAACACAAACCGGAACGUCUUAAGAACCCACUUGAUCUUGUCCAGACAGAGUGGAAGGAAGCCGCAUUGAUGAGUUUGAGAAAACAUGGAUCGAAAGAACUCGAAAAAUUGUUAAAUUCUGACAAAAUCAAGAAAAAACAAAUUAUGAAUGUUUUGGUCGCAAUUCAAAACGUCAGGUUUGAUACAACAAGACUAAUGGCUCUGGCAAUAAGACUCUGCUUCGAAGCAAACAAACCAAAAAGAUUAAUAAUUGGUUUAAGGUUAUUGGCGACGAUUAUUCAACAAUCAAAUGAAAUUCCGAUAGAAACCGCCGACCAAUUUUUAGACAUUUAUCAUGCGAUGAAUCCACCUGUCGGAGAAGCUUCUAGAGUCAUUUUGGCAUUGGUUUUCAAACUGAAUAACGAUGAAUUGUACAAAUUAUGUAUGUCACUUUUAAGAACCGUCACUUUUUCAGAUUAUUCUACAUAUAUAUUAUUAAUUUGUUUGAACAGAAGAUUGCCAACGGAAUACCUUCCUCAGAUCACAGAAAGAGUCAAAUACGUGUUGAACUCCAGAAUUCCUUCUUUAAUGAUAAACGGUUUGAGAUUGGCCGGCCAAACAGCAUUGUCAAAUAAGACACAACAGUCAAAUGAUUUAUUACUUCCAAGUUUAGUUCAUUCUCAGUUCAUUUUGGAGAAAACAUUUAAUCCAAUUUUGUAUUCUGAAAAUGUCAGAUUUUUGACAAAAAUGAUUCAUAGAAUUGAUUUGCCUGAAUGCAAACAGAUAAUUGCCAAACUGAUAAUGCCGGUUGAUCCUGCAAAUCCUCAUCAUCCUUCUUAUUCCACUUUGUAUCCGAGUUUUAUUUCGACAUUUCCAAGAGAUUCGCAACAAUAUAAAGUUGUUUUCAGUUUCGGUUGUUCUCUUUUUGCAAUGAACGGAAUGUUGAAUUACGGACUCUUUUUCUUGCAAGAGGCAAUAAGAGGAGAAGAUAUUAUUAAGCAGCAAACAAUUGUUUCGCAAUGCAUGAGUAAUUUCUUGAGAAAUGAUUUCCAAAGAAUGACUCCAAGAGCUGUAGAAUUGUGGGCAAUGUUUUUGACUGCAAACUUCCCUGCUGUUUACGCAACUGCAAUGAUUUCGCAGAGUUUCAUUCCAUUUGGACCUUUCCACGAAGUUGUGGCUGCUCUUUACGGAAUUUACAAGAGAUCUAGAUUCGAAGGAAAUGUCGCUGCAACAAUUAUGUUGGCUGAACAGAAUUUGAAACUAAAAGCUCAUAAAGAAGCUCUGAAUUUGGUUGUAAGAAGAACUGACUUGAAACAGGCUUUGAGAUUGGCUUUGAUGACUAAAGAUGAAGAAGAAAUUCAACAAAAAUCAACUGAAAAUGUUCAACAAAAAGAAGAAAAGAAAGAUGUAUUAAUUGAACAAAAAGAAGAAAGUGAUAAACAAAAAUCAACUGAAAUUGUUGAACAAAAAUCAGCAGAAAACGCAGAUCAAAAACAAGUUGAAAAUGUCGAACAAAAAGAAGAGAAGAAAGAAGAAGUUGUUAAUGAACAAAAAUCUUCUGAAGAUAAUGAAAAUGUUGAACAGCAAAAGAAAGAAGAAAAUCAACAACAAAAUGAAGUAGUUUCUAAUGAAGUUGAACAACAAAAACCAACUGAACAAAAUCAACAAACAGAAGAAAAUCAACAACAGAUGGAAUAUCCUGAAGUUGAAGCAAAUUCAAAUGAAGAGAAACCAAAGACAGAAGAGAAAGAAGUUGAAGAAGAAGUCGAAAAUCAAAAUAAUGAAGAUCAAGUUCCUGAAGAGGAAGAAGAAGCCGAAGAAAAACCAAAAAGAAUUGCUGCUUUAGCAUAA